ACCACUAUUUCCCUUCAUCUGAAAAAACCAUGGCUCUCAAAAGCUUCUCCCUCUUGACAUUUUUCAUUUCCUAUCUCUUUUCUUUCUUGGUCUUGGAGCUGGCAUUAGCUGAUGGAGGGUCAUUACCCUCCACCAUUCCACCCGAAACCAUUUGCCAGUCCACCGGAGACCCUGCUUAUUGUAAAAAUGUUCUUGCCAAUCAAAAUGGCAACAUCUUUGACUAUGGCCGCAUUUCCAUUCGAAAGUCCAUGUCUCAGUCCCGCAACUUCUUGAACCUAGUGGACUCAUAUCUUCAAGGUAGCUCAUCUUUGUCUCAAUCCACAGUCCGCGCCCUUGAAGAUUGCAAAUUCCUAGCAGACCUCAGUUCAGAAUACUUAUCAAACACCUACACUACAACAAAUCAAGCUAGUGGUGUUCUUCCCGAUUCUCAAGCGGAAGAUUUCAAAACAUUUCUCAGUGCCGUUUUGACUAACCAACAAACAUGUUUAGAUGGCCUUCAGACUACAACUUCUGAUCCAAGAGUCAAGAACGACCUUUCAUCGUCACUCUCUAAUGACAUGAAGCUUCACAGUGUCACAUUGGCCUUGUACCUUAAAGGUUGGGCGCCUCAGAAGAAUAUCAAAACCUCAUGGCCACAAAAUGGGAGACAUUUGAAUUUCAAAAACGGUCGCUUACCAUUGAAGAUGUCGGACAAAGCACGUGCUAUUUUUGAUUCUGCUAGAAACCAUGGAAGAAAAUUACUUCAAACUAGCACUGGUGACGAUAGUGUUGUGGUAAAUGACAUAGUGGUGGUUAGUCAAGAUGGGAGCGGAAACUUCACCACUAUCAAUGAUGCAAUAGCUGCUGCACCUAAUAACACAGCCGCAAAUGGUGGUUACUUCUUGAUUUUUAUCAAACAAGGUGUGUAUCAAGAGUAUGUAUCUAUAGACAAAAAGAAGACGUACUUGAUGCUAAUUGGAGAAGGAAUCAACCGAACAAUUAUAACCGGCAAUCACAAUGUUGAUGAUGGUUCCACAACAUUCAACUCAGCAACAUUUGCUGUAGUCGCUCCAGGGUUUGUAGGAGUUAACAUAACAUUCCGCAAUACAGCUGGACCAAGCAAGCACCAAGCAGUUGCAGUGAGAAGUGGAGCGGACAUGUCCACCUUUUACAGUUGCAGCUUUGAAGGAUAUCAAGACACAUUGUAUACACAUUCUUUGAGGCAAUUUUAUAGAGAAUGUGAUAUAUAUGGUACGGUUGACUUCAUAUUUGGAAAUGCAGCUGUAGUUUUGCAAAACUGCAACAUCUAUCCACGCCUUCCACUUAGCGGACAAUUCAAUACCAUCACAGCUCAAGGUCGAACUGACCCAAAUCAAAAUACAGGAACUUCAAUACAAAAUGCAAAUAUUAAGGCAGCUGAUGAUUUGGCUCCGAAUGUUGGUACUGUGAGAACAUAUCUUGGGAGACCAUGGAAACAGUAUUCAAGGACAGUUUUCAUGCAGUCCUUCAUGGAUAGUUUUAUAAACCCCGCUGGUUGGAGUGAAUGGAGUGGUGAUUUUGCAUUGAGUACCUUGUACUAUGCUGAAUAUAAUAACACAGGACCUGGUUCAAACACUUCAAAUAGAGUGACGUGGCCUGGUUAUCAUGUUAUCAAUGCUACCGAUGCAGCUAAUUUUACUGUGUCUAACUUCUUAAGCGGGGAUAGCUGGAUUCCUCAAACUGGUGUUCCAUACUCAAGUGGAUUGAUAUAGUCAAUCUUAUUCUUUCAGAGAGUCAACUGGUUGUUCACUUAUUUUGGAUUUCAGAAUUACAUUCUUCUUCAUGUUGUUUAAAAAUGAAUAAAGGUUCUAUUAUUCUGUUGUAAA